GGAUUCCUAUGAUCGAAGUUAUAUUGUAUAAUAUAGGUCUUAUCCGCACAAGUAAUGGUGAACAUACAAAAGAUUUGGAAUAUUAUUUUAGAGCACUAGAAUUAGGGUUGGACCGCACCCGGGCCGGGCCGGGAUUGGACGGGCCUAGGUUUUUAGGGUGCAUGCCCGAUACGGCCCGGGUUUGUACCGGGGCCGGGUUGGGUCAAGUUUUUUUUGUUUAAAAUGGAAAGAAGGCCCAGACCAGUCCCUGACCAGCAGGGCCGGUCCACCUUUUCAGCAGCCCGAAGCCCACCCAUAAUACCCCGGUUCGGGCCCCCAAUCCCAGUGGGCCGAAUCGGCCCAGUCCAUGCCUAACUAGAAUGAAAUCCAUUCUUACCACAAGCUUUGAAUAAUAUGGCCGUUAUUUGUCAUUACGUGCGACUAUCCCCACCAUAGAAAGGACAAAAAAAUACUAUAAUAUACCAGAGACUUCCUACAUAUGCAUCGUAAAAAAACAAUGAUUUUUAUCAGCAUGUAGUAAAUAAGGAAACUUUAUAAAAUUCAAAAUUUAGAAGAAGCCCAGUCACUUUAUUAACCACCGUCAUCAGUGGCGGACCCAGGGGGCGAGCCGGUGCCGGCGCUCCCCCUUCGCCAGAGUAGUCUAGGUAUAUAUAUAUGUAUAGUUUUCCGGCGCUCAUGCUCACCUGCCGCAGUUUCAUUACCAGCACCCUUCCCCCUUCGCUGGAGAGCCGCUGAGCCGGACUGCCGGAGACUCGGAGUCAGAGAGGUGGAGACUCCGGAGAGCUCUGUGACUCCGGACUGCUCACCUGCCGCUAGCUAAUCGUCGUUGCCGGCUGGAGGAUAGGGAAGAAGGGAGUUGGAAAAAAUCAGACCUUUAAAAAUUUGGGCCUAUGCUGUGAAAAAAAAAAGGCCUAUCGGGCCAAGGAAGGCCCAAUGACCAGCACUCCAGCAGCCUGCAGCCCAUUGCCCAAAGUCCCAAACCAAAUCAGUGAAUAACCAAUAGGCAAUUAGAAUUUAGAGGUAAUCCAAAUUCCAAAAGCUUCAGCAGUUCAGCACGCAGCUUUCCGUCUUCGGUCUUCCAUCCCUGCGUGCAGCUCAAGCAACCAAUGAAGUGACCAGCGGACAUCGCAGCACGCCGGACGCCGGACACCGCCGUUCUUUCGUCGCCGCCACUUUGACCAGUACUUCUAUAGUCCUAUUUUCAAUUUUUCUAUUUUUCCCCUUUUUAUUUAAAUUAAAAUUUUGGCAAUUCGUUAUACAUUUUUAACUAAAUUGUCUUAUUAGUUGUUAAUUUAAUAGUGAAUGUAGUGAUUACAUACAAAUCAAGGCUAAUUAAUUAUUAAUAUAUGAAUUUAUUGUUGUACACUUGUACAAUUUGUUAGGUUAAGAAUGUUGAAAUUCUUAAUACCAAAUGGAAAGUCUUCAAAAAGUCCUUCUGAAAAAAAUAAAAGGACAAAACUAAAUCCCGAAGAUUUGGUUGCUGAUCCAGGUUUACGUAGACCUAUUAAUGAUUUUGAUCCUUUGAGUAGAGAUCUUGUCCGCCGAGAAUACUUAACUAGGGGUCCUUGUAAACCGGUUGGGCAUGUUUAUCCUCGUAAAAAAUAUGGGACCGAUUAUAGAAGUUUUCAACCCUCUUGGUUUGACAAAUAUCCAUGGUUAGAAUAUAGCAUAUCAAAAGAUGCCGCUUUUUGUCUAUGGUGCUAUCUCUUCAAAAAUUCAAAUAGAGGAUGUCGGGCUGGGGAAGUGGCAUUCACUGAGGUGGGGUUAGUAAUUCGAGGAAAGCACUUGAAACAUUUAAUACACAUGUUGGUGAUGUAGAUAGUGCUCAUAAUAAUGCAAGAGUACAACUUGAGGGUUUUCAAAAUCAAAGACAAAGUGUAUCACAAUUGCUAAGUGCUCAAGGGCGUGAAAUAGAAGCUGCAUAUCGAAUUCGUUUAACAGCGAUUUUGGAUGUAACACGUUUUCUUUUGAAACAAGGUUUGCCCUUUCGUGGUCAUGAUGAGUCUUCGAAUUCUUUGAAUAAAGGUAAUUUCCUUGAAUUAAUUCAAUGGUAUACCCAAAGAAGUAAAGAAGUUGCCAAAACAAUGAAUGAGAAUGCUCUCGGGAAUAAUUUAAUGACAUCUCCUAAAAUCCAAAAGGAGCUAACUAAUGCUUGUUCUGUGGAAGUUACCAAAGUUAUUCUUGAAGACUUAGGGGAUAAAGUUUUUACUCUUAUGGUUGAUGAAUCUAGAGACGUCUCAAUCAAGGAGCAAAUGGGAGUUGUUGUGAGAUAUGUGAACAAAUUUGGACAUGUCAUUGAACGUUUUCUUGCUAUGGUGCAUGUCAAUGACACUUCGGCGCUUUCUUUAAAGAACUAUAUUGAUGACUUGUUUGCAAAACAUAAAUUGUCAAUAUCAAGAUUAAGAGGUCAAGGAUACGAUGGAGUUUCUAAUAUGCGAGGUGAGUAUAAUGGAUUGAACGCUCUCAUCUUGAAAGAAAAUUCAGCCGCAAGGUAUGUCCAUUGCUUUUCACACCAACUCUAAUUAGUUGUUGUUGUUGUUGCUAAGUGUAAUAGAAUUGUGUGUGACUUUUUUCAAUAUGUCACUAUGAUUGUGAAUGUUACCGGGGCUUCAUGUAAAAGAAGAGAUAGACUUAGACAAAUAGAACAUGAGAGGCUUCUAGAAAGUUUGGAAAGUGGGGAGAUUGUAAGUGGCAAGGGGAAAAAUCAAGAAGUUAGUUUGAAAAGGCCAGGAGAUACUCGUUGGGGAUCACAUUACAUUACUAUUAUUCGCUUGAUGUCUAUGUGGAGUUCCGUAUUAAAAGCUCUUGAGAAUGUGUAUGAGGAUGGUGCUAAUGAAGAGCGAGGAAUAGCUUCAAGUUUAAUUGAUAAGAUGGAGAAUUGUGAAUUUGUAUUUGUGAUGCACUUGAUGAUAUAUCUACUUGGAAUCACAAAUGAAUUGUCUCUUGCCUUGCAACAAAAAGAUCAAAAUAUUGUCUUGGCUAUUCAUUUGAUUAGUACAAUGAAGGCCCAAUUACAAGAAUUUCGAGAUAAUGGAUGGGAUAAUCUCUUCAAGGAAGUGAAUCUUUUUUGUGAAAAUCAAAAGAUUCCAUUAUCUAAUAUGGAAGAACAUGUGAAAGUUCGUGGUCGUAGUAGGCGAAAUGGAGAGACAAUUUCGAAUUUGAUCCACUUUCGUGGGGGAAUAUUUUGUGAGGGUGUGAUAGGUUCUUGAUAAGAUGAUUUCAGAGAUGAGCAAUCGUUUUCCUGAAGCAAGUACGGAGUUGUUGAGUUGUAUUGCAUGUCUUGAUCCGAGAAACUCUUUUUGUCAUUUUGACAUUGACAAAUUACUCCGCAUGGCUGAACUUUAUCCGGAGGACUUUUCAUGUACUGAUCGUGUUUUACUCAAGCAACAACUUCAGACUUAUAUUCAUACCGUCCGGGAUCAUGAUCAAUUUUCUACGGUUGAUGAUUUAGGAUGUCUUGCCAAGCAAAUGGUUCAAACUGGAAUGAACAAGGUUUUUUCAUUGGUAUACCAUCUUAUUGAGUUAGCUUUGGUUUUACCGGUUGCAACUGCUUCAGUAGAAAGAGUCUUCUCUGCUAUGAAAAUUAUCAAGACUGAUUUGCGCAAUAGGAUGGGAGAUGAAUGGAUGAAUGAUAGCUUGGUUGUAUAUAUCGAGAAAGAGAUUUUUGCAACCAUUGAAAAUGAAGUAAUUUUGCAACGCUUUCAACAGAUGCGAACUCGCAGAACACAAUUAUCGCCCCUAAUUUCCCAGAGUAGUUAGUUUUGGACUUAUAUGUAAACAUUAAGCUUUACGACACUUAAUUUAGACAAUCAUAUGUGUUUUUUUUCUAAAUUUAUUAUGAUGUAUUUAUUUGAUACAUUCCUCGGCACUUGC